AGAGAGAGAGAGAGAGAGAGAGAGAGAGAGAGAGAGAAAGAGAGGAGUGGGAGAGAGGUCGUCUUCCUCAUUGCUUCAACAUUCCAACUGUCUUCUACCCCUAAAGCUGUUAUAUAUUUUGAAGAAAACAGAGACACAUCGUCGUCUCUGUGUAUCUCUCUGUUCAUAACACCCAGUGAAGAAGCCUUCAAAGAUUCAAACUUUCGCAUUCUCUCGCAAUAAUUUUCAGCACAACUCCACAAGCACUAAUCAAUGCCCGAAUUAGCUAUGGAUACGAUGAAUCGAAACGGCGAAGUAGAUGAAUCAAAUGGAGAUUAUGCGCCUCAAAAGGAAAGCUACAGCCAGGGUUCUCCGAGAAGUACGUUGAGUCCUCAAAGUCCUCACAAUGGCUCCAUUGGUAUGGCUAUGAAUGGCAGGAUUGAUACCUCUAUUGAGCAGUUAUAUCACAACAUCUGUGAAAUGCAGAGCUCGGACCAAACCCCUUCCCGGGCCAGCUUUGGAUCGUUCGGUGAGGAAUCGAGGAUUGACUCCGAGCUAAACCACCUUGUCGGAUAUGCUCGAGAGGAUUUGGAGAUAAGGAAAGAGGUGGUUGUGGAAAACAAGGAGGAUGGUGUUUGUGGUGACUCAACUCCCGAGAAAGCAAGUGUAUCGGAUGAUAAAAGGUCUCCAACGAAAGUUAAGUCUCCAUCUGCGAAAACGAGUCCGAAGAGCAAAUCUACUAACGAGAAGCCUCUGCUUGAUAAGAGGAAUGGGAAGCAUCCGAAAAAAGGCAAUGUGAUAUUGUCUAAGAACAAGCAUAGGAGUUUUGGUUUACGCGGUGGGGCGAGGUUUCAGAAUGGAGUCGAUGAUCAUCCUCCUGAGGCAGGGUUGAAUAACCUUGACCUCGGGCCAUAUUUGCUCAAACAAACAAGGGAUUUGAUUUCUUCUGGCGAAAACCCCAAGAAAGCGCUCAAGUUAGCUCUCCGGGCAGUGGAAUUGUUCGAGAAAUGCACGAGUGAGAAGCCCAAUUUAGAGCUGGUUAUGUGUUUGCAUGUUUUGGCAGCAAUAUAUUGCAGCUUACGGAAGUACAAUGAGGCGAUUCCAGUUCUUGAGCGCGCCAUUGACAUUCCAGCGAUAGAGGAUGGCGAUAACUAUGCACUAGCCAAGUUUGCAGGGUGCAUGCAAUUAGGUGACAUUUAUGCAAUGACCGGUCAGAUUGAGAACUCAAUAUUAUUUUAUACAGCAGGUAUGGAAAUUCAAAGGCAAGUCUUGGGAGAAAAGGACCCGCGAUUGGGUGAGACAUGUCGGUAUGUAGCAGAGGCGCAUGUUCAAGCAUUGCAAUUCAACGAGGCUGAGAAGCUCUGUCAGAUGGCGCUCGAAAUCCACAGGGAGAAUGGUUCUGCUUCCCUCGAGGAAGCGGCAGAUAGAAGACUCAUGGGACUAAUCUGUGACUCGAAAGGAGAUUUCGAAGCCGCUCUUGAGCAUUAUGUUUUGGCAAACAUGUCAAUGUCUGCCAAUGAUCAGGAAGCGGAUGCAGCUUCGAUAAAUUGCAGCAUUGGUGAUGCGUACCUAUCCUUGGCACGGUAUGAUGAGGCAGUAUUUUCUUACCAGAAGGCCCUCACUGUGUUUAAGACAACGAAGGGAGAGACUCAUCCGGCAGUGGCUUCUGUUUAUGUUCGUUUAGCUGACGUGUACAACAAGAUAGGAAAGUUUAAGGAGUCCAAAUCAUACUGCGAAAAUGCACAUCGAAUUUAUGGGAAACCUAAUCCCGGAAUCCCCUCAGAAGAGAUUGCCGGAGGUCUCAUUCAUGUUUCUGCAAUCUAUCAAUCCAUGAAUGAUCUGGAACAGGCCCUGAAGUUGCUCAAGAAGGCUUUGAAAAUAUUCGGUGAUGCUCCAGGCCACCAGAGCACAAGUGCAGGAAUUGAGGCUCAGAUGGGGGUACUGUACUAUAUGAUGGGAAAUUUUACUGACUCUUACAACACAUUCAAGAGUUCCAUAACCAAGUUCCGUGCCACUGGAGAAAAGAAAUCGGCGUUAUUUGGGAUUGCUCUCAACCAAAUGGGGCUAGCCUGCAUUCAGCGUUACUUGAUCAACGAGGCUGCAGACCUGUUUGAAGAAGCCAGGAACAUCUUGGACAAGGAGUAUGGACCUUAUCACCCUGACACAUUAGGGGUUUAUAGUAAUUUGGCUGGCACAUAUGAUGCAAUGGGCAGGUUGGAUGCCGCCAUUGAGAUUCUGGAGUAUGUUGUUGGCAUGAGAGAGGAGAAGCUGGGAACAGCAAAUCCGGAUGUGGCGGACGAGAAGCGGAGGUUGUCCGAGUUGUUGAAAGAAGCCGGCAGGGCUCGGAACAGGAAAACCAGAUCACUGGAGACACUUCUCGACACCAACAACCCCGCACAGAUUAUUAAACAAGACAUCAUCGAGGUAUCGUGAUCACGCAACUAAGUACGUAGGAGCGUAUAUAAAGAUUUGUUGGAAGUGUUACAGAAAAUUAGAAGAAAUAAAGGGAAAAAUAGUUUGGUGAUUUGUUGAAUUGUAUUUUUUGACGUGGGAAAUUUGUUUGUGAGAUUCAUCGUUGUACUGUAUCAAUGUCAAAUACUCAAUAAAGAAUUGGUGGAGCAUCAUUUUCA